AUGGAAAUUGAAAAUAAUAGGUAAAAGCCAAACAUUUUGAUUACUGGAACACCAGGAGUUGGAAAAAGUACAUUAGGAAAAUUAUUAAGUGAACAUAUUGAUGGUCUUUAAUAUGUUGAUGUUGGAUUGUUAAUAAAUUAAAAGAAAUUAUAUAAGGAAUGGAAUUAAGAAUUUAAUGUACCUGAAUUUGAUUAGGAUAUGGUAUGUGAUGAAUUAGAAAAUGCUAUGUAAACUGGAGGAAUGAUAAUAGAUUUUCAUACAUCUUCAUUCUUUCCUGAAAGAGUAAUUGAGAGAUAUAAAUUUAGUGGUUUGAUUUGGUUGUGUUAUUAAGGACUAACAAUACUGUUUUAUAUGAUAGACUAAAAGCCAGAGGAUAUGAAGAUAAAAAGAUAACAGAAAAUAUAGAGUGUGAAAUUCUAGAUGUUAGUAAAGAUGAAGUAGAAAGGUUGUUUUAUAUUGUAAUUAUGUUUAGUUCUUAUAAAUAAAAUAUUAUUAUGGAAUUGAAUAAUGAAGAAGUACCUUAAUUAGAGCAAAACAUUUUAUAAAUUAUUGAGUACUUAAAACAAUGGAAAUAAAUGUAAUUGUAAAAGUAAUAGCAAUAAUAAAUCUAAUGA